AUGGCAGAGUCACGGGCUGGUUUUAAGUCACAACUGGAAAAGAGACCAGUCGUGUCUUCUUUCCUGUUCACCGGCAACCUGGGUUCACAGAGGGUCGCAUUGUUCAAGCGCAGCGACAAAGUCAGGACCUAUCAACAUUGCCUUGCUCCGAUAUCAGGCAGCAUUGAGACAGGCGAAUUGCCCAUCGUAGCCGCCUGGCGCGAAAUCAAGGAGGAGACAGGUCUAACGUGCCAGGACAUUGAGUUGUGGCGCCAAGGGACACCGUAUAGCCUUGGGGACCCCUCGAUCGGCCGCGAAUGGAUCAUCUACCCAUUUGCUUUCCGACUCAGGAAUACCCAUGAGGGUGGAAGGGGGGAAGCGGCCAUCAAAAUCGACUGGGAGCACGACGGGUGGGAAUGGUUCAAUCCCAAGGAUGUGGUCGAUGAUGAAAGCUUUGGAGGUGUGCCUCGACUGGCCGAAAGCCUCCGCAGAGUCUAUUUCGAAAUGUGGUUAAAUGACAGCGCCAGCCGUGCCCUCCACUCUGGCCUGGUCCAACUGAAGAACGACCACUCCAGCGGCUCCCAUGAGCUCACGACAAUUGGGAUCAAGGUGUUUCGCGAUACCAUCAUUUACCUAGAGAACGACAAGAACUGGUGGGAUACUGUUCGUAUCGUUGCCUGGCACAUCUGGAAGAACGGCCGGGAGAGCAUGGGGUCUGCAACCUUGAAUGCUUUGCUGAGCAUUCUGGGCGACCUGGAUCAGAUCAAGGACCGGGAUUUGCAGGGCCAAUGGAGCAGCAUCCUCUCACUUGUGGAUCGCCAUCUCGAGAGUCGCCACAAGACCGCUACACAUAUUAUCAAAGCCUUUGAUAGCUAUCUCCAGUCGGCCUAUUUCACCAACUUGCCGCCAGAAAAGGUCCACAAGCUGACAGUUUUAACCCUCUCCGCAAGUUCAACCAUUCGAAAUUGUAUCUUGAAGAUAUUUCAGUCGUCGCCCAUAUCACAGCUUGAUCUCCGAAUUCUGGAGUCAAGACCUCUUUUCGAAGGGGCAAGUAUGGCUGCAUCCUUGCUGUUCGAGUCCCAAUCUGCACUCAAAGAUUCCGAGACGAAACGCUUCCACAUCAGCGUAUACACUGACGCCGCGGCUGCUCUCGCUGCACAAGAUGUCGACUUUGUUCUGCUAGGUGCAGACCGCAUCUCGGGCUCAGGUUCUGUCAGCAACAAAGCUGGGUCACUCCCUGCUGUGCUUUGUGCGAAGCAUGUGAGCCCGAGAGCCAAGAUUCUUGUGUUGAGCUCACAAGAGAAAGUGGCCGAGCCAGCUGAUGACUCUGAGCAUCAAAUCGAAGAGAAUAAUCCGGCCGAAGUGACGAAUUCAUGGUCUCUGAGCGAACUAAAAGGCUGGGAUGUUCUUCAAGAACAUUCGACAGGCCAAACACCAUCUUGUUCUGUCACUGUGAGAAAUCCCUAUUUCGAAUGGGUUCCGUCAGAACUGAUUGAUGUUUUUAUUACCGAAGAUGGCCCAAUGAAGCCGUCAGCAAUAUACGGGAAAGCUGUUGAGGUGCAGAGGAAGACACAUAGGUAUUUUGGUUUUCUCUGGUCUAUGUCGAUUUGA